GUGGAGUUUCGCGGUGAAUGCUGGGAUUGGUCUGUGCUAGAAGUCACUGGGCAGACGAAACCUUCACACUCGGAAAAUGUCCAAUAAAGAAGUUAAGGCCACAUUGAAAAAUGCAAGAGAAGCUAUAAGAAAUAAAGAAUUUAAAGAGGCACUAAAGCAUUGUAAGGCUGUGUUGAAACAAGACAAGAAUAAUUACAAUGCCUGGGUUUUUAUUGGAGUUGCUGCAGCAGAGUUGGAACAGCCUGAUCAGGCAAAGACUGCAUAUAAAAAGGCUGCAGAACUUGAUCCAGACCAGUUACUGGCAUGGCAGGGGCUACUAAAUCUGUGUGAGAAGAAUGAUACAUCUGACAACAAGCAUGAGUUGUUGGGAAUUUACGAAAAGCUAAUGAAAUUGUAUGAAAGUUCAGAUAAACAGAAAUGGCAUGAAGUCUGCCUGAAGCUAGUUACUCUCUAUCAUCAAGAAAAUAAAUAUCUAGAGGUUGCCAAAACAUGGAGUCGAUUAAUACAGCUAAAACAACACGAGGGAGCUGGGAAACAAGAGCUCCAUCAAUUGUGGAAGAAGAUGAUCCAAUUGCUUGCAGACAAAGUAGAGAGUCAGGAUAAUGAGACCCAACAACUGUUGAUAACUGCUUUUGAAAAUGUCCUUUCAUCUAUGGACAAGAUUCCAAGUGAUAGCCAUCAGAAACUUUCCACUGACUACAUUAAAGUUCUAUCAAAACUGCCACAUGAAGAAGACAAACUAAAACUAGCUUGUGAGGCUUUGCUAGCCCAGUAUCCUAAUUCAUCAUCUUCACUAGAAGUACUCGGCAUGCAUUUUAUCCAGACAGAGUGCUUUAGUGAAGAAGCUUUGCAGUGUUAUUCAAGACUUAAUAAAAUGGAACCAACAAAUGGGCCCGGCCUUAUUGGAGUUGGGAUCAAAGCUAUGCAAGAAAAGAAAUAUGACGAAGCAGCCAAGAACCUAACUGAAGGAUUAAAGCAGGCACAGUCAGCAAUUAUAGCAUGGUUUUAUCUGGCAAAGAUCCAGCUCCGGAUGCACAAGUACGAAGAAGCAAUUAGCUCCUGCAGGCAGGGUCUGGAGCUGUUGGAAAGCAGUGUCUGUGAUGGUAACACUCAGCAAAAACACAAGUUGCUUCAUUUACAGGCAGAAGCAAUGGUCAGAUCUGGUGACCCAAGUAAUGCAGAGAAAGCCUUUAGUAUCUUUGAACAGCUUCCUGGCUCCAAUGAACCAGCACUACUUGCCAUGAAAGGCCAAGCUUAUUUGAACAAGGGUCUGAUGAAACAAGCAUCUCAGAUUGCAAUGGAUCUUAUGGCUUCCUAUCCUGACCUGGCUGAGACUUGGGAACUCCAAGGUCUUAUUGGUUAUACCCAAAAAAAUUAUGUGCUGGCAGAACAAAGUUUCCAGAAAGCUGUGAAAAUAAAAGCAGACUGUGGAGAAUAUUAUCACUACCUUGGACUAACUUACUGGUUCAUGGGAGAGACGAUGAGAAAAGACAAAACUAAAACUGCUACACAUUUGUUAAAGGCUGCCAAGUUGGACACAUACAAUGGAAGAACAUUCUGCUACUUAGGCCACUACUAUCAAGACAUAGUACAAGAUAAAAGCAGAGCUCGAGGUUGCUACAAAAAAGCCUUUGAACUAAACAAUAGUGAUGAAGAAGCAGGAGCAGCUGCUGUUGAUAUCAGUGUUGAACUUGGAGAUAUGGAGACUGCUCUUGCAGUCCUGAGGACAGUGACUGACCAGUCGAGUGCUGGGACAACUAAAUGGGCUUGGCUUAGACGAGGACUUUAUUACCUGAGAACCAACCAGCAUUCGCAGGCUGUGGCAGAUUUACAAGCAGCUUUGAGAGCAGACCUGAAAGACGCAAAUUGCUGGGAAUGUUUAGGGGAGGCUUAUCUCAGUAGAGGAGGUUACAAUGCUGCCUUAAAGGCCUUCACAAAAGCCAGUGAACUGAAUCCAAACUCCGUGUACAACAUUUACAAGAUAGCAGCCAUCAAACAGAUUCUCGGCAAGUAUGCAGAGGCAGUUACAGAGUAUAAGCAGAUAAUUCAAAACACAAAAAACUACGUUCCUGCCCUCAAAGGCCUAGGUGAGUGCUACUUAAUGAUGGCACGAAGUGCACUCGAUGAUUGUUUGGAUGGAAGAGCUUUGGAUUCAGCAGAAGAGGCACUUCAGUACUUAGCUAGAUCUGUACAGUGUCGACCUGAUGUAUCAUGUCUUUGGAAGCUAAUUGGAGACACGUGUACCACACUCCAUGUUUUGUCACCAGCAAAAGUUAACAUUAAAGUCUCUGCUGUCCUUAUUGGACAGAAUGAAAAGAGGAAUGUGCAGUCUUUAAACAAAAGUGAGCUACUUCAGCUGGGAGGAAGGUCCUAUGGACGAGCCCUUACAUUGAUGUCAACUUCUGCCAAUCUGUGGUGUGACCUUGGCAUGAACUACUACCGACAGGCACAGCACCUGGGUACUACAGGAGAAUUGAAUGUAGUGUCUGAGUUGCUGGAAAAAGCACUUCAGUGUCUUAAAAAAUCUGUGAUGUUGGGCAGCAAAAAUCAUCAAUAUUGGAAUGCACUUGGAGUUGUUGCCAGUUAUAAAGGUGUUGAAAAAUAUGCCCUUGCACAGCAUGCAUUUAUCAAAUCUGUGCGGAUUGAACAAAAUAAUGUAGUGGCCUGGACCAACUUGGGGGCAACUUAUUUGAAGAACAAAAGUAUUGAGCUUGCCCAUGAAGCUUUUAAGGUAGCCCAGUCUUUGGAACCCUCAUAUGUUAUGUGCUGGAUUGGACAGGCACUUAUUGCUGAAGCUAUUGGCAGCUAUGAGACUAUGGAUUUGUUUAGACAUACCACUGAACUUGGUGUUAAUACUGAAGGAGCUAAAGGUUAUGCACACUGGGUAUGUGCAACGCUGCAGGAUAAAUCGAACAGAAAUUCAGAACUGUACAAGUAUAACAUUGUACAAAUGAAUGCAAUAGCUGCUGCACAAGUUGUCAUGAGCAAAUAUACAGAGAGAAUUCAGACUGAUGCAACAGCUUUCACAAUGUUAGGUUACUUGAAUGAGUAUCUAAACCUCAAAAAACAAGCAGAAGAGGCAUAUCAUAGGGCAGUUGUGCUGCUACAAAAUACCGAAGAUGAAGGAAAACUUAAGCAUGCCCGGAGAAAUUGGAUUCGAGCUUUAUGUACUGCAGGUCAAUAUCAGGAGGCGAUCCAGGCUUACAUGUUAAACCCACUUGUGGAGUUUGAUGACAUCAUUAGUCUUGCUCUGGCCUACUUGAAGAAAGGGCUUCUUCAGGAGAGUGCCAAAGCUUAUGAAAAGGCUUUAACUAUUGCUCGCACAGAGAAAGAGAAGGCUCAUAUAAUGAUUGCACUUGCAAUAAUUGCUUUCAAAGAGGGCAGAAUGGAUAACGCCAAGACUUUACUCUUCAAAUGUUCCAUGCUGAAAGAGCCCAGUAUAGAAAGUCUACAGGCUUUGUGUGCUCUGGGCCUGUCGAAGAAGGAUACCACCCUCACUACAGCAGCACUUAAUGAACUGUUCAAACAUUCGGAUACAAUCAAUUCAACCUAUGAAACCUGCCUUCUUUCUUCAGGGAUGUUUUCUUUGCAAGCUAACAGUGUGGCUGUGCAGAGACAGGCAGCCAAAGCUAUUCAUAGCAAUCCAGCUGACCCUGCUCUUUGGACGUUAUUAUCCAGACUUGUUCCUCAACAUACUCCCCAAAUGGCAGAAGCUGGGGCAGUGGCUGGCAAUAUUGCACAGAUUCUAAGUUCUCAUGACGCAAAGAAUGCACUUUUGUUCAGUGCUGUAAAUCAGUUGGCAGCAGGUAAACAUGCAGCAGACAAUAAAAAGGAUAAUGCAUUAAAGACUAUUCAAAAAGCUGUCCACCUGUAUCCAGACGAUCCUGCUGUUUGGGCCAGUUUAAUGGCAGCCUGUCACGUGGAAAAAACAUUAUCACAUUUAAAAGAUACAAAACGAAAGCAAACUGCAUUAGAGGAGAUGUUUGUUACAACAAUCACAGAAAAGGUAGAAACGGAGAAGAGCAUACCGGCUCUCUACCUUCGAUCCCUGGAGAACUGGUCUCUACAACAGGCUGCAACUGGAUUAAAAGAAAUGGGCAGGCACUCUGAAGCUGAAGCCUUCUGCACCAAAGUUCUAAAGAGACACCCAGACCACCCAAUGGUGUUCUUAUUACUGAGACAGGUUCAAUGUGAACAGCUCUUGCUUUCACACCAGCAGCUUCCAGAAACAGUUUUAGAAGAGCUGAAGAAGGCUGUGAUGUCGAACUUCACAUCAGUAACAGCUUGGCAUUGGCUGGCAGAAGUAUAUAAAUCUCAGGGUUUGAUGGUAGCCGCAGAGAUGUGCUAUAGACAAGGAUUGCAACUAUCUUCACAGCAAGGCGAUAUGAAUGGCAAGUUGUCAAGUCUGCUCCGAUUAGCACUGCUUGCACUCUCACUCAGUACGAUUAAACUGCAAAACAAUCGAUGGAGAUCACUCGUCAAAGAAGCAACCAGUGAAGCUCAAAAGAUCUCUUUCUGUCCUCUUGCUGGUCUAUUUCAAGCACUCCUGCAAUUUAUAGUUAAAAUGGGAGCAAGGGAAACACGACGGCUGUUGGAGAGAGUGGUAUAUCAACCAGGUUACACAGACAGCAUUGCAUCAGUUGCACGUUGGUACCUCCUCCGACAUUUGUGGGCCAAAAAUGACGAUGAACUCAUCACAGUUUUACUUCAAAAUGCCAAAAUGAAAGGAGAUUUCAGAGUGGAAGAGCUGCACAAGAAGCUUAUUGAAUCGUCCUAAUAACUAAACAAAAACAAAGAUCUGAAUUCAAAUGCAUGCACAAUAAAGUCUUGCGUAGCAAUUGCAGCUGUGGCCACCAGUUUUACUUAGAUUCCUGGUUAUCAAAUAGCAGUACCUAUGGCUGGCUUUCUUUGAAGGAAUUGACUACAGUACCAUGCGUUGCACUUUGGAUAUAUUUUUUUUAAAUUGCCAAUAGCUAGAUCUAUACAUUCUCUUCUACCAUAAUAUUUUCCUAUGUUUUGCAUCUUAAAAGCUGAAAAUACAAAUAUACCUUCACGACUGGGAAGCAUGCUGAUUUUUCUCUCUCUGAAUGUUUUCAUUUUAAUUUGACCUAUGAUCUGUAAUAUUGCGGUACGAAUACAAAGAAACAAUCAUGUUUGAAAUUUGUUGCAAAGUUUAACGUAACGUCACUUGCAUUCACAUCAUGAUUUCCUAUUGAAACCUGUAAGUGUAUUUAAAACAUUUUGUUGCAAUUUUUCUUUUAGUUUUAUUUAGUAUAACAGAACUGUUGAUUAUCAUUAUGAUGCAUGUACCUUAAUGCAACCUCUAUGAUGGACUUGGUUGUUUAAGGCAGAAAUAUUUUGUGCUUUGCAUUACAUGUAUUCAAGUAUGUCAAACUUACUAUGCAAUAGCAAACAUGUAAAUUCUGUAUUGAACUGAAAUCUUCAAUAAUGCUGCUUCAAUAAAAAAACUUGAUCCUUAAA